GGGCCACCGCACGCGAAACCUCGCGAGACGUUCGCAUCGAUUUGGACGCUUUAUCGUCUUGACGUCCCGACGUUCGAGAAGGUUCCCGUAGUUCAAGUUGAAGCGAGUUCCAUUUUCCGGUUUUUCUUUCGGUCGAGUGCCAGGAAAUGGUGGGGUGAAAAGGUGCGCGUCGAUCGACGUUCGACGAAUCGAUAUCGACAAGAUUACUCUCGGGUUCUUGAAAUGGAUCAAAGGUUCUCCACCGUUUUACUCGUCGUCGUCAGUUGGAUGAUAAUUCUGUCAGCAAAUUAUGGAGCUUCGCAUCCCAUCAAAAUAGGCGCAAUCUUCCACGCGGGGGAUGAGGAGCACAGAGCGGCGUUUGAAAAGGCGGUGUACGAGGCGAGAUUCGAGCGCAUCGCGCCCACAUUCGAAUUGCAGGCCGUCAUAAAGGAGGUGGAGGUUAAUACCGACAGCUUCAAGACCGCCGCCGCUGCCUGCGAGCUCGUCGAGGAAGGUGUGGCGGCGAUCUUCGGCCCCGUGAGCUCCUACACGCAUGGAAUUGUCGCUAGCAUCGCGGCACGCUUCGAUAUUCCGCACAUCGAUUACACGUGGCGACAGAACGAGGAACUCCAGGUCGACCAGGAACCGAAGAACCCGACACCGAUGACCAUCAACUUCUACCCUGACAGCGAACUUGUCGGCAAGGCGAUCGCUGACUUAAUCGACGCCACGAAAUGGAAUGCCUUCGUCGCGAUUUAUCAAACCAACGAUGGCCUGUCGCGAAUCAAACAGGCCCUAACGCUUAGACGAAACAAGGACAGCGUGAUGACGCUAAGAAGACUCGGCGAAGGGCCAGACUAUCGAGCUGUUCUGAAAGAGAUCCACGCGCUGUCCAUCUGCAACGUGAUCAUCGACGUUGAUCCGAACAUCAUCAUCGACGUGCUCUAUCAAGCGAAGGAGGUCAAGCUGCUAGGGGACUACUGUAAUUUUAUAAUUACUUAUAUGGACUCAACGAAGGUGCCAAUCUCGAGCAUGCGGAACAACACCGCGGCGAACAUCACGGCGUUCAGCUUGAGGGAGAACGACGUGGACGGAAUUAAUUUGUUGGAAUCAGCCGUGAUCUAUGAUUCGGUGUUCCUGCUGUACAACGCGUUGGAGGGUUUGAACGCCAGGAACAGCGACAACGAAGAUCCAGUAACCAUCGAGCCUGUACCGCUCUCUUGUGCAGGAACAGAGAAAUACAGCGCAGGUCCCAACAUUACCAGCCUCAUGCGCGAGGUGUCCAAGGAGGGCAAGAUCACAGGGGAGAUGUCGAUCAACGAGGAUGGUCGUCGUAACAACUUUAAACUACGCAUUUUGGACAUGAGGCCAGGGGAGUACGUUCAGUUCGGAUAUUGGGAUCCAGAGGGUCUUCACACGGUAGGCAGCGAAGAGGAACGCGAGAGCUACUGGUACAAAUCCAUCGAGCAGAAGAAGUUCAUAAUUAGCACCAAAGUGGGUCCACCGUACGUAAUGGAGGUGGAGAACAGCACAACCCGUGGCGUCCUAAUCGAGCAAACGCGUUACGAAGGGUUCUGCAUCGACCUCAUCGAGGAGAUUUCCAAGCUAUUGAAUUUUAAAUACGAAUUCGAAUUGGUGCCGGACAAGAACUACGGUACAUACAAUAAGGAGACGAAACAGUGGAACGGUCUUAUCAGACGUUUGCUGGAUCGCGACGCCGAUCUCGCCAUUUGCGAUCUUACGAUCACCUACGAACGGGAAAGUGCCGUCGACUUCACGAUGCCAUUUAUGAAUCUAGGUAUCAGCAUUUUAUACAGAAAGCCCGAGCAGAAGGAGCCAGACCUGUUCUCGUUUCUGUCGCCGCUGUCAACGGACGUCUGGAUUUACAUGGCGACUGCCUUCUUAGCAGUUUCGAUAAUGCUGUUCGUGCAAUCUAGAAUGGCGCCCGGCGAAUGGGACAACCCUCACCCCUGCAACCCCGAUCCGGAAGAACUGGAGUACAAUUUCGAUUUGCGUAACUCCAUGUGGUUCACCAUCGGAUCCUUAAUGCAACAGGGCUGUGACAUACUUCCCAAGGCACCCUCGAUUCGCAUGGUAGCUGGGAUGUGGUGGUUCUUCACGUUGAUCAUGGGCUCCUCGUACACUGCCAAUUUGGCUGCGUUCCUCACGGUCGAUAAAAUGGACAAUCCGAUCAAGGAUGUGGAGGACCUAGCCAAGCAAACGAAAAUCAAAUACGGGGCUGUUCGAGGCGGAGCCACGUCUGGCUUCUUCAGAGACUCAAAUUACUCAACUUAUCAACGUAUUUGGGCUUCGAUGAUGGAGGCACGCCCAAGCGUUUUCACGGACUCCAAUGACGAUGGUGUCAAACGAGUCCUGAAGAAGCGCGACUACGCCUUCUUCAUGGAGUCCACCACCAUCGAAUACAGGAUGGAGAGACAGUGCGAUCUUGACCAGGUUGGGGGGCUUAUUGAUAACAAAGGAUACGGGAUUGCUUUGCCGCGAAAUUCCCCGUACAGAACACCUGUAAGCGGCGCGAUACUGAUGCUACAAGAGAAAGGGGUGCUGCAGGACCUGAAGACGAAAUGGUGGAAAGGGCAUGGGGGCGGCCAGUGCUCGAAGGGGGAUGUAGAACCUGCGAACUCGAGCGAGCUGGGGUUGGCCAACGUAGGAGGUGUGUUCCUGGUACUCCUGUUUGGAUGCUGCGGGUCGUUCGUCAUCGCCAUCUGCGAAUUUCUCUGGAACGUACGAAAGGUCGCCGUGACCGAAAAGGUCACUCCUUGGGAGGCGCUGGUAGCGGAAUUGAGAUUCGCUAUGAACAUUUGGGCGGAGACGAAACCCGUUAAAAUCUCGAAAAGCAGCGGCACGAGUUCGAUGGAAGGCGGGAUCGGCAGAGGAGCGUCCACGGCUCGCUCUAUAGUCGGUUCCUUCCUUCGCCUGGACGUGUUGGACAAAUUCGACAAAGAUAACAACACGAACAAUCGCAGCGACGAUCGCAAGAUCAAUUAAGACGAAGACGAGUAUUUACGGACCCCUCGAUGCUGUGUAACAGGAGCCGUUAUGGCGGUUAUGGUGGUUGACACUAGGUUUAUGUUGAUUUAUGUCGUGUUAUGUGGAAGUUGAUUUUCUAGAAUUAGAAGGCUUAGACAAAAAUGAAUUUGUAUACAGUUAGUCCCAUAAAUAUUCGUACCCUCUGUGUCUAUUGAAGAAAUUUAUUUAAAUUAAAUGCUAGGUUUGAUGUUUCCAAGUGUAUGUUUGUGUAAAUAUGUUGAUGUAUAUAUUAAUAUAUACAUCUAUAAGCUUAUUCGUAUACAUAAUUAUAAUAAAAAAUUCAUUUGGUAAUAUCGAAACUAUUAUUUAAUUUAGUCAAACUUCUUCAAUAGACAUGGAAGAUACGAAUAUUUAUGGGACUGACUGUAUAUGCUUUAUGGAUAAAAGUCAGCAUGAGGUCUCCAUAAACCUGGUGUUAAGAUCGAUUGCCAGGCCACUCAAAGGUGGAUAAUAAUUUUGGAAGAGGAGUGGGGGAUAGAUAACUUUUUAGAAAUAAGUAGACAAGAGACUUGGAAUGAAAUAGAUUAUAGGAGGAAUUAAAAGUAGAGAAGUGUCAAUUCAUAUUUUGUUCUUGCUUGAUCAGUGGAUCGUUUGGUAGAUAUAAUUUCUGCAAGAGCAAUCCUCUGGAGAAACAAUAAUUCUCCCUGUGGAGAUAAGAUCUGAUUGCUCUACAACCGUGAUAAAUUACAAAUUAUAUCUCCAUCUCAAAAACAGAGUCUGAAUUGUAGAAUUAAAUGUUUGACAACGGACAAAUGUGUCCUUUUUACAUACUACGUAACUUAAUUUAUUGUACCAAUAAAUGAACCAAAAAAAUCCAAAGAAACAUACCUCGAUACAGUUACCAUUCGUAUAAUUUAGCCGGUGACAAACGACCAGGAUUAGGCGUCACAAAACAGCAGAGCUCGUGAGGAUGACUCAAUGAGCCAUGAAAGAAAAGUGUCCGUCUUGUGCCACCGCGCAUGAAGUCGUCAUUCUCGUGAACGGUCGCACAAUGAUGACGUCGUGGAAGGCAGAAAUCUUCGCUGUAGGUCCAGAAUGGAAUCCAACAAUAUUUGGACUCGGCCACAAUGGCGCUAACGAACCGUGCCCUUGGUUUAGGAGAUUUUCGUCCCGAGAGAUCACCUGGAAGUCCCGCGAUACCGGAACCCCCGUGAGAGCAGGCCGGCAUCUUUGUGUCAUUAUUACCAAGAGACGUUCCUCCGCGUAAGCACAUCGAUCCUCGGCGCAAAGGACACUUUUAACUUUACCGACCCGAGGCUUGCGUCAGAGGCAGCCCGACGACUGGUCACUUAGGCGACGCCAUAAGUCUGCCGAUUUUUCGUCUUCCAUCGCUCUUCAAGAGGGGACAUCGUUGAAGUUCUGUGGACACCCAGGAAGAAUCUGUUGCAAGAUAGCUCUUGUGGAUGGUUGUUUCGAAAUAAUCAUCGUAAUAAUCAUUGUCUGUAGAUGGGUACAUUAUAGGUACAUGUACGGCUUAAUUUUAAUAUUCUAGGUAUCAAAUUUUAAUGAGCAAAACUUUGAAAGAACCUCUUAUGCAAAAAUUUCCGAACGAGGUCCCGUUCGAAUUAUUUUUAUUACAAUCAAACACAAAUUUCCUGGGUAUGACUAUCGCGAUCGCCCAUAACACCGGUGGCGAGUUCAGUCUCACUUUCGUUAUCAGGAAUUUUUAGAAAGUAACUUAAUAUAAUUGUAUAACUUACAAUCCAUUUAACAUUGAGCGAUUUAUUGCGAUGAAUCGUAAAUAUAAUUGUCAUUUUUUGUAAAGUUUCUGAAUUUUUUACAGCACAUGUACGUCGUUAUAAAAGUGAAUACUCGUACAAAAAACGUUUUCAUAAGAAUAAUAAUGACAUUUGGUUCGUUAAGCCCAUGAUUUUGCUACAUCCGUGCUCGUUAUAAUCACGUUCGACUACAUCCAUUUGUCGAAGAGCUGCUGAAAAAAUGUCAACUGACCAUAACUAAAAAUACUCCUGGUGAGGUUGUGUUUGGACUCAUUUGUAUCAAGAAAAUUCUAUUCGUCCGUUUAAACGAGCACGAAUAUGCAAUGAAAAAUGUACAAAUUUUUAUUUUGACCAGUGAAACUUCAAUGAACGUACCUUAUCGCUUCUUAUCGGUGUGGUUUCCAAAGCUCAAAUGCAUCGAUCCUACAACGCAGCUCAAACACGACGCGAAGGAUUUCGGCGAAUAAUAUAUCCUCCAGCAUAUCAAGCUCUAAACGGUCUGAGCUUCCCGGCGGCUCGUAAAAGACACGUCACCGUGACCGUAAAAAGCGGAAAGUUUCGUUUCAUGAAACGCCCGCGAUUAUGAACGUCCCGUCGCGAAAAAUACCGUACAGUUAACAGCUCGUUCGGCAGCCAUAAAUGUUGCCCGUAAUCGUGUUACGCGCUUUUAUGGCCGCAAUGAAAAGGAGUAUUAAUUGAUGUCCUUACACCUUUAUCACCAAACUGCUGGUAGGCACGGCGAUACGACUUCAUACUUCGAAAUCCUUUGAUUCGUGCCGGUGGAAAUUAACCGCGUCUGCGUUUCGCUUUGUGAACGCCUCGCCGCCACCGAGGAUCGAAUCAAUUUCCGCGUAUUUCCCGCGCGGCGUAAUCGCAUGCAACCGGGAGAAUUCGCGUGUAAUUAGUGGGUGAUUGGGAAAGACUCGGUGCAUUCUGAACGGAUGGCAUUGCAUCGGUACAAUGCCCGUGCCGGACAGCUGAAGAGAAUAGGACCUUGAUGGAACUCAGGCUGGAAAACCAGAUUUUUUAGAUGAUUGGAAAUCAGAUAUUUACAGCUGUUCAAAGCUGACGUGUCAGUAUUUUUUUACAAUGGGAAAAAUUGAAUAUCUUGUACCGAUAAAAUGUUUAUUUUUCGAAGCUGUGGCACCAGAAGAAAUUCAUAAAAGAUUGUUAAAAUUAUAUAAAGACUCUUCAUCUUAAGUGCCCCACCUUUUUGAUGGACCGUAAUGCAUGGUGAGACAUUUUUAAUCCCACCUCGAAAUUUUGCAAUAGCUGCAUGUGUAUAGGUGUGAUACCUUUAUUAAUAAAAAUAUAACAAUUUUGUUUGAUUUAAAACGCAAUAAAAUUCCUGUGCAACAUGGAUCUAUUUUAUGACCUGAA